GGAGGAGCCUGCGGAAGUCCUGACGGGAAGGUCUUUUUGUUUGGGCCGCACACAGACUCGACUGUAGCUUUGAUUCCCCUGGUUCACAACCGUUUUUUAUCUGCAUUAAUUUCGGGUGUCUUUUAUGAAUAAUCAAAAGCAGCAAAAGCCAACGCUAACCGGCCAGCGUUUCAAAACGAGGAAAAGAGAUGAAAAGGAGAGAUUUGACCCUACUCAGUUUCAAGAAAGUAUCGUACAAGGCUUGAAUCAAACUGGCACUGAUUUGGAAGCGGUUGCAAAGUUUCUUGAUGCCUCUGGCGCCAAGCUUGACUACCGCCGGUAUGCAGAGACACUCUUUGACAUCCUGGUGGCUGGCGGAAUGCUGGCCCCAGGAGGGACUCUGUCGGACGACAUGACCCGCACUGAGUUCUGCCUCUUCACGGCACAAGAAGACCUUGAGACAAUGCAAGCAUAUGCUCAGGUUUUUAACAAGCUGAUCAGGCGUUACAAGUACCUGGAGAAGGGUUUCGAAGAAGAGAUCAAGAAGUUGCUGCUAUUUCUAAAGGGGUUCACUGAGUCUGAGCGCAACAAACUGGCCAUGCUGACCGGCAUUCUGUUGGCCAACGGCAACAUAUCAGCGUCCAUCCUGAGCAGCCUCUUCAACGAGAACCUGGUCAAAGAAGGUGUCUCUGCUGCCUUCGCUGUCAAGCUCUUCAAGUCAUGGAUCAACGAGAAGGACAUCAACUCUGUUGCUGCCAGUCUCCGCAAAGUCGGCAUGGACAACAGACUGAUGGAACUCUUUCCUGCCAACAAACGGAGCUGCGAGCAUUUUUCUAAAUACUUCACCGAUGCAGGGCUGAAGGAACUGUCCGACUUCGCCCGCAACCAGCAAUCCAUCGGCGCCCGCAAGGAGCUGCAGAAGGAGCUCCAGGAGCAGAUGUCGCGUGGUGACCCGCAGAAGGAGAUUAUCGCCUUCACCAGGGAGGAGAUGAAGAAGGCCAACCUUUCUGAGCAGGCCAUGAUCGGCAUCAUCUGGACCAGCGUGAUGAGCUCUGUGGAGUGGAACAAGAAAGAAGAGCUGGUGACCGAACAAGCCAUCAAACACUUGAAGCAAUACAGCCCUCUGCUGAAAGCCUUCACCUCCCAGGGUCUGUCUGAGCUCAGCCUGCUGCUGAAGAUCCAGGAGUACUGCUACGACAACAUCCACUUCAUGAAGGCCUUCCAGAAGAUCGUGGUGCUCCUGUACAAAGCGGACGUUCUCAGCGAAGAGGCCAUACUGAAGUGGUACACCGAAGCCCACCUCGCCAAGGGGAAGAGCGUCUUCCUCGAGCAGAUGAAAAAGUUCGUGGAGUGGCUGAAGAACGCCGAGGAAGAGUCAGAAUCGGACGAAGAGGAGGCGGACUAAAACCUGUCGCCAUAUGAGCUUUUUUUUUUUCUUUUCUUUUUUUUUUUUUUAGUUUUUUCUUUUUUUUUCCUGUUAUUUUCUUUUUUCCAGGUAGCAGCAGGAGCAGUAGAAUGUCUUUGACGUUUCCUUUCUCUUCUACCUCCUGUUCUUUCUGCCCAGACUCAACCCUUCCACCUUCCACUCCUAAAAGUUAUUUAAGCUCAAUUUUAAAAGGGCUCAGUCCUUAUUCGGCAGAAAAUCAACAUGGCCCCUUUCUCUAUUAUCAUCAUUAUUAUUAUUAUUAAUAUUAUUUUUCUUUGGUAUCAUUUCUUAUGGUUGUUGUAAUGCCUUCUGUAAUUUGGAUAGAAAACAUUCCAUGUGAUCUCGCUGCUUGUUUGGAUUUAAAAGGAGGAUUUUGGUUCAGAUUCGAGUUCGCCUUCUUUGCCAUUCAACAAAUGUUAAAACAAUUUUGCCAAAGUUUUUUUUUUUUUUUUUUAAUUUAAUUUUUUUUUUUUUUUUUGCCCUUUUUACUCUUCAUCACCCAGCUCAUGUUAACGGCUCCUGUUUGGUCUUAAGCUCCGCCUUCUUUCUUGACUUUUGGGUAAACCUGUACGCGUGUCGAGGUCACUCGGGUGGGCGGGUUUGUGGGAUGACACGCCCCCUGCCCCUCCCCCAUAAGAUGCCUCGCCAGCUAACUGAUUAUUAUUGGUUUCUACUUUCUUUAAUCUGAUAUAAACCAAUUGACUUUUUUAUGAAAUAAAGACUAUUGAAAUGGU